GCUCCGCGCGCCUCACGUGAUCCGACGUCAAGAUGGCCGCCGCCGCCGCCUCCUUGUUUUGAUGAAUAAUCUCUGUGAGGAGAAGGAAGGCGAAGGGAAGGCGGAGGAGAAGCCGAGGAGGAGCGCGGGGCUGGCGGGCGCGGAAGGGGGCCGGUCUGAGGGGCGCGGAGGCGGCAGGCGUCGCGGCCUAGUCUUCCCUCAGCUGCUCCAGGCGGCGUCGAGGGGUCGCUCCUGAGGGAAACUGGGAAGGUGGGCCUCGAGUUGAAUCCCCAAGACAUUGGCUCUCCCACAAACUGGGACUCCAGGGCAUUGCAUUUCCAGUUCAACUGGGACACUGAAUCCCGAGUCAAGCUGGGACUCUAGUACAUGGGACUCCAGUAUAGUGUGAAAUAUCAUUGCUGUGGGUGGAGGCAGGCCUGUAGGUGUUGUCUCUAUAUGGGCCUCUGAUAUAUAUUCAUAUCUGCCCUAUUCAGAGAGGCAUUGUCUCUGUGGAAGAAGGCGCCCUGUCUGAAACUUGGGGUCUGAAAGGACAUUGGGCCUAUCCCAUAGCGUAAGGGUUUCUCACAGACAGGAGGAUUUCCGCUUUGUAUUCGCCUUCUGGUAAGAAAACCAGGAGGAUUUCAGCUUUACGCUUUAGAAAAGUAGUUUCUGAAACCCACCAGAGGCCACAUAGGUCUCUGUCAUUUACUGUUAAAAUAGGCCAGGAAAGUAGCCUGGAUUGUGGAGAAGUUUUUCCGCUUCUGGUGAUACAACAAGGAGGAUUUUUUACACUAUCAAACCAAGUUUCUGAAACCCAUCUGAGGCCACUUAGGUCUCUGUUGUUUAAGAAACUGUUAAAAUAGGCCAGAAAAGUAGCCUGGAUUGUGGAGAAGUUUUUUCCGCUUUGCAAUCGCCUUCUGGGGAUACAACAAGCAGGAUUUUUUACACUAUCAAACCAAGUAGUUUCUGAAACCCAUCUGAGGCCACUUAGGUCUCUGUCGUUUAAGAAACUGUUAAAAUAGGCCAGAAAAGUAGCCUGGAUUGUGGAGAAGGAUUUCCGCUUUGCAAUUGCCUUCUGGGAAUACAACAAGGAGGAUUUUUUACACUGUCAAACCAAGUAGUUUCUGAAACCCAUCUGAGGCCACUUAGGUCUCUGUCGUUUAAGAAACUGUUAAAAUAGUAGCCUGGAUUGUGGAGAAGUUUUUCCGCUUUGCAAUCGCCUUCUGGUGAUACAACAAGGAGGAUUUUUUUUACACUUUAUCAAACCGAGUAGUUUCUCUGAAACCCAUCUGAGGCUACUUGGGCCAGCUUCUGGUGAGACAACAAGGAGGAUUUCUGCUGUACAGUUUAGAAAAGUAUAGUUUCUGAAACCCACCUGAGGCUACUUGUGUCUCUCUUGUCUAGGAAACAGUUAAAAUAGACCAGAAAAGUAGCCUGGAUUGUGCAGAAAGCAGAGCCACUACUUUAGGGUUUUAAGUGCCUAUAAAAAGAGGCUUUCAAAGCAGGAGGUACAGGAAGGCCUGAAGGUUUGACUACCAAACAAAGUUGUUUGUGUGUUUGUUUGUUUGUUGUCGAUGCUCUCUGGCUAAACGGAGAGAAGGGAGCUGCUUGAAGUGUCUUCUGUGGUCUUGCUCUUAACUCCUGACUAUGCAACUCUGAGGCACCCCCUUGGGAAAGAGAGAGGCAACAGGACAGGGAUUCCCACAGAGACUCUGUUCUUCAAGGAGGCCCUUUAAGGGAAGUACGGAGCCUCCCCUUCCCCCAGACGCCUUUCACCAUUAAGAGGAAAACAAUGGAGGAGCUGAGCGCUGAUGAGAUCCGGCGACGGCGCCUUGCUCGGCUUGCUGGCGGGCCGUCUUCCCAGCCCACCACCCCACUGACGUCUCCGCAGAGAGAGAACCCGCCGGGGCCACCCGUAGCCGCCCCACCCCCUGUGGCGCCCCAGAGCCUUGGGCUGAAUGUCCACCCCAUGACCCCCGCUACCUCGCCCAUUGGUGCAUCAGGUGUCGCCCACCGAAGCCAGAGCAGUGAAGGCGUCAGUUCUCUCAGUAGUUCUCCAUCAAACAGCCUUGAAACACAGUCUCAGUCUCUCUCCCGGUCGCAAAGCAUGGACAUUGACAGCGUAUCUUGCGAGAAAAGUAUGUCCCAGGUGGAUGUAGAUUCGGGAAUCGAAAACAUGGAGGUCGAUGAGAAUGACCGAAGAGAGAAAAGGAGCCUUACUGAUAAGGAACCUCCUUCGGGAUCUGAAAUCUCGGAGGAACAAGCCUUACAGCUCGUCUGCAAGAUCUUCCGGGUCUCUUGGAAGGACAGGGACAGAGACGUCAUUUUCCUCACUUCGCUUUCGGAGCAGUUUAAGCAGAACCCAAAAGAUGUCUUUUCGGACUUCAAAGAUCUGAUUGGGCAGAUCCUGAUGGAAGUACUGAUGAUGUCGACCCAGGCGAGGGAGGAAAACCCCUUUGCCAGCUUGACUGCCACGUCGCAGCCCAUUGCGGCCGCGGCCCGGUCGCCCGAUAGAAGCCUGGUUCUCAACAUGGGCUCCAAUCCAGGCACCAGCCCCAUCUUCUGCAACGUGGGCUCCUUCGGCUCCAGCUCCUUGUCAAGUCUCUACGCAACUAGCCCUGCUCCUGUUUUCAUUUCCCCAAGCUCCGCGCCUUCUUCGGCUGGCUCCUGUCUCGCGGUUCCUGCCAGCCCUGCCCCGGUUUCCCCUCUUUCGGCCGGCCCUCACCUCACUCUGGCCGGCCCUCCGAGUGCUCAGCCCUCCUCCCCCAGGUACCGCCCCUACACCGUGGCUCACCCUGGGGCCUUGCCGGCUCCUCCUCCUCCGGCCGCGGUGGCAAGCACUUCCAUGCUCUCCCGCUCCCCAACUCCUCCCACCGUAAGCCCUCCAGGAUUGCUGGCCGCUUCCCCCCGGAUGAGGCCGGUCCCUAUGGCUCUGCCUCUUUUCGCCGCUCUGGGCAGGCGCUCGUCCCUCCUGAGCAGGACGCCGUCUAGUCUGUACGAGAACCCUUUCUCCCUCCUCCUUGCCGUUUCCGAUGUCUCUGGGGACAGUUCUGAUGAAGAAAAGGAGGACGAGGAGGAGGAGGAGGAGGAGGAAGAGGAGGAUUUUUCUGGUGUCCAGUUUGGGUCCAGCGGAGGAGGCUCUGGAGGAGGAGGAGGAGGCGGCAGCGUCUCCGACUCGUGCAGCGACCAUUUCACCAUCGAGACGUGCAAGGAGACGGAGAUGCUGAACUACCUCAUUGAGUGCUUCGACCGGGUGGGGAUUGAAGAGCGGAAAGCGCCAAAGAUGUGUAGCCAGCCAAUGGUGAGCCAGUUGCUGAGCAACAUCCGAUCCCAGUGCAUUUCCCACGCUGCUUUGGUGCUCCAAGGGUCACUUACACAACCGAGGUCACUACAGCAGCAGUCACUUCUAGUCCCAUAUAUGCUCUGUCGGAAUCUGCCUUUCGGCUUCAUCCAAGAGCUGGUGAGAACGACCCAUCAAGACGAAGAGGUUUUCAAGCAGAUAUUUAUCCCCAUUUUACAAGGCCUGGCUCUUGCUUCGAAAGAAUGUUCCCUUGAUAGUGACAACUUUAAAUACCCCCUUAUGGCUUUAGGCGAACUCUGUGAAAUCAAGUUUGGGAAGUCUCACCCUGUGUGUAGCUUGGUUGUCUCUUUGCCUCUCUGGCUGCCAAAGUCCCUGAGCCCCGGAACGGGCCGGGAACUACAAAGACUGUCCUACCUGGGAGCUUUCUUCAGUCUCUCUGUCUUUGCCGAAGACGAUCCCAGAGUGGUUGAAAAGUAUUUCUCGGGGCCUGCCAUCACCCUGGAAAACACCCGAGUGGUCAGCCAGUCCUUGCAGCAUUACCUGGAGUCUGCCAGGCAAGAGCUGUUCAAGAUCCUCCAUAGUCUCUUACUCAACGGAGAAACUCGGGAGGCCACUCUGAGUUAUAUGGCCACCGUGGUCAACGUCAACAUGAAGAAGGCCCAAAUGCAGACGGAUGAUCGGUUGGUAUCGACCGACGGCUUCAUGCUCAACUUCCUGUGGGUCCUGCAGCAGCUCAGCACCAAGAUCAAGCUGGAGACGGUCGACCCGUCCUACAUCUUUCACCCUCGGUGCCGCAUUGUGCUCCCGGCUGAUGAAACGCGGGUGAAGGCCACCAUGGAGGAGGUCAGCGGCUGGGUGACGGAGCUGUCGAGAGACCUGUCUGUUUUCUCUGAGCCCAAAUUCCCAACCGAAUGCUUCUUCCUGACCCUCCACGCGCACCAUCUCUCCAUCCUCCCAAGCUGCCGCCGCUACAUCCGCAGACUGCGGGCCAUCCGGGAGCUGAACAGGACCGUGGAGGAUUUGAAAAACAACGAAAGCCAGUGGAAGGAUUCUCCUCUGGCCACAAGGCAUCGAGAGAUGCUGAAACGCUGCAAAACACAGCUCAAGAAGCUGGUGCGGUGUAAAGCCUGUGCCGAUGCCGGUCUCUUAGACGAGAAUUUCUUGCGGAGGUGCCUCAAUUUCUACAGCAUAGUGAUCCAGCUCUUGCUGCGGAUCCUGGACCCUGCCUACCCCGACAUCAAGCUGCCUUUAAACCUAGACGUCCCGAAAGUGUUUGCAGCGUUGCCUGAGUUCUACGUGGAGGAUGUUGCGGAGUUCUUGUUUUUUAUUGUUCAAUAUUCGCCUCAGGUACUUUAUGAGCCCUGCACUCAGGACGUGGUGACCUUCCUCGUGGUGAUGCUCUGCAACCAGAACUACAUCCGGAACCCCUAUUUGGUGGCCAAGCUGGUGGAGGUGAUGUUCAUGACCAACCCGGCCGUCCAGCCGCGGACGCAGAAGUUCUUCGAGAUGAUCGAGAACCACCCGCUUUCCACCAAGUUGCUGGUGCCCUCCCUGAUGAAGUUUUAUACAGAUGUUGAGCACACCGGGGCCACCAGUGAGUUCUAUGACAAAUUCACAAUCCGCUACCAUAUCAGCACCAUCUUCAAAAGUCUCUGGCAGAACAUCGCUCACCAUGGCACUUUCAUGGAGGAGUUCAACUCAGGCAAGCAGUUUGUCCGUUAUAUUAACAUGUUGAUCAACGACACGACGUUCCUGCUGGACGAGAGUUUGGAGUCCCUGAAGCGCAUCCACGAAGUGCAGGAGGAGAUGAGGAACAAGGAACACUGGGAUCUAUUGCCCCGGGACCAGCAACAGGCCCGGCAGUCUCAGCUGGUGCAGGAUGAGCGGGUGUCACGGUCUUAUCUGGCCCUGGCCACCGAAACCGUGGACAUGUUCCAUAUUCUCACCAAGCAAGUUCAGAAGCCCUUCCUCAGACCUGAACUUGGGCCGCGCUUGGCCGCGAUGCUGAACUUCAACCUCCAGCAGCUGUGUGGCCCCAAGUGCCGCGACCUGAAGGUCGAAAACCCCGAGAAGUACGGCUUCGAACCAAAGAAACUCCUGGACCAACUGACGGACAUCUACCUGCAGCUGGACUGUGCUCGCUUCGCAAAACAAAUAGCCGACGACCAGAGAUCCUACAGCAAGGAGCUCUUUGAGGAGGUGAUUUCAAAGAUGAGGAAAGCUGGCAUCAAGUCGACAAUAGCGAUCGAGAAAUUCAAGCUGCUGGCCGAGAAGGUUGAGGAGAUUGUGGCCAAGAACGCCAGGGCCGAAAUCGACUACAGCGAUGCACCGGAUGAGUUCAGAGAUCCACUCAUGGACACGCUGAUGACGGACCCGGUGAGGUUGCCCUCGGGGACCAUCAUGGACCGAUCCAUCAUCCUCCGGCACCUCCUCAACUCCUCCACGGAUCCCUUCAACCGGCAAACGCUAACAGAGAACAUGCUGGAACCAGUCCCGGAGCUGAAAGAGCAGAUCCAAGCCUGGAUGCGAGACAAGCAGAACUCUGACCACUGAGACCCUCCCCCCCCCAAAUGGCGGAGCAGCCGUGGCACGGCCCCCUGGGAAGAGCAGGGCAUGACGGGCCGGAAAGCGAGGGGGGGCCUUUCCGCCGAGGAGGCCGUGGGACGACGCGGAAGCUGCUUUGGAAGCGGAGCUCACUCAGUGCCUGCUGCCGCCGAGGAAUCCGGACGCAUGCGGACAAAAGAGGAGAAGAACAGCGGCAAAAACAAAAAAGGAAAACAAAAAAAAUUAUCACACACAAACCAACCGCAGCUUAAUUCUUGUACAUAUAUUUAAGUGAUAAAAAAAAACUCCAAACCCACAGUCGUUUGCAUUGUGGGGAGGGGGGCAAAGUUUUAGGAAGUUGUUUGGAAGCAAACUCCUCCGCCGUCUCAAUGUUGGGGUUCGUCUGGCUGAAAUCUUUCUUUCUUGUUCUUUUUUAGCGAAAGGCCUCUACGGAUCAAGGCAGCGAACCCUUGUCCCUUCCCCCCGUUAAUAUCUCCGUUAAUUUGAUUGUGAUUGAAACCUCGAGACAUUUUUGCUGCUAAAGCCGUCCCCUGGCCCUUUGGUUUCUCCCCCCUUCCCCUCCUGCACCGUCUCCUUUUCUUUUCUCAAUGCGAAGAAAACCUUCCCGCUACGACAAAAAAACAAACCCUUCUCUGACCCCAAGAGAACAUAACCUUGAACAGAUGAGUGUGCCUGCAACAAGGGGGUUUGGGGAGGGGGGGAGAUCAUAUUUUUCUAUUAAACAUAUUCAUUUAUUUUUUAUUUGGUAGGCCGUACUUGAGAAGAGUGGCUCGCGAUAGUAAAUUUUGUUUUGGGCAGACGGGCUUUCAAGUUGUCCCCCCUUUGCCUCACUCUGGAUCGUGGUUGUUUUGGGUGGUCUUUCCUUUCUCUUUAAAGCCUUGAAACGUACUCAAAACAGCUACGGAAUCCCAGGGCUUCAAAAAAAAAAAGGUAUAUAUAUGGAGAAAGAGAGCUAUACAUAUAUAUAUAUAUAUAUAUACAUAGAACAUCCUUUUAAAGCCAGAGAUCUGAAUCAGGGUCCGGAGUCUUUUUCUUCUCGGCGCCUACCAAUCCAAAAGGGCAGGGGGAUGCAUUUUUACGUUGCGCGUACCACGUUUUGUAUCCAUGGCUUGGCCUUACCAAAGCAAAAAGGGUGCAGAAAAAAAAAACAUUAAAAAUAAAAUAAAAAUAAUAAUACGUAGACUUGCUUUUUUUAAAGAAAAUAAAUAGAAACUCUAUAAAAAGGACGGAAACAUUUUUGUAUGACUGACUGCCCCCUGCUUAACGAUACUUGAAUUUCGUUUUUAAAACAGGAUUUGAAACCACAGUGUUUUAAAAUAAUAAUUAAGCCUGAAAAGAAAAUCAGUUUUUUCUUUUUCUUUUUUUUCCACUGACAGCGUCCUCUGUUCAGUUCCUGAUUCUUGAACAAUAAUAAAUGGUGAUACACAUUCACAAGAA